CUGCACGAGCCAGUGUCCUGUGUCUGCCCGUGGGAAGUGCUCACUGCUGUCCAUUUCUGCCAGCUACACCUGAGCCUGAGCUCCUGGGCUGCCUCGGGCUCAGGACCAGUCCCUGGGAGGCUGCUGGGAAUUCUGGCUGCUGCUUCUGCCGUGUUGUCCAGGCCUGAAGCACAAAGCAGUGGAGUCUGCGCCUGGCCAGAUGGGAUGUGGCUCUGGGGUGAGAGCCCAGAUAAACAUCCCUCAGACAGUGCUGACCUCAGGGUGAAGGGAAGGGGAGCCUCUGGUGCUUCUCACGUCCCAUCUAACAUGGGACAGCUUUGCUCUUCCUCACCCCUACUGUGUGCCAAGCCCCGUGCCCUCCUGGGCUCUGCAUGGAGUGAGGCACUUCUGUCAGCCCCAACUGGGAUACACAGGGGGAGAACGGGGACCAGUCAUGGGCUUUUCUCCAGGUUGUCCAAGACCGGCAGAGCCCCAAUGAGUAGGAGAGACCUGUUUCAUUGAGAUGAGUAGGGAGUUUCCCCUUGUCCCGUCAUGCUCUGGCCUUCCUCCAGCAUACAGAACCUAAGACCCAGGAAUGCUGGCUUGAAGGUCAUCUUCUGUCUUCCUCCACAGGCCAGCUGUGCUCUAGCCCCUCCCAAUGCACUGCCUCUCCACAAAGCCACCCUCUGCACAUACUUCAGGCUAAUUUUUAUGAGUCAUUCUACUGCAAAUGGUCUAAUACCUGCUGUGUGUAGACUACUGGAUGAUUCAGGCAGGGAGCAGAGCAGACUAGAAUCCAUGGCUAAGAGGGCAGUCACCCACAAUGACAGGCUCUUGUGACGGAUUGCCUAAUAUGAGAGUAUUGUCUGUAGAUUAAGAAGCAGCAUUUGGGCUGCGUUCAGGAUGGGUGCGAACAUGGGUAGGGCUUAUAGCCCACCAGGGACCCUAGGCAGGGAAGCUUGUCAAAGAGCUCUAAGAAAAUGGGUGAAGACAAUUCUUUACCGACAGACAGUGCUAGGAGAUAUGAGAUGGGGCUGGUGAGAGAAGGGUGUAGCCUGCCUGUGUUUAUUAUCAAGCCAGGAGCUGUUGGAAUCCAGGGACAGGUUUGAGACAGCAGAGACAUGCCAGGUCACACAAUUUUAAAGUCAUCCUCCUGGGUACUGGCAGGCAAGUGUGAGGCAAAGAGAGUAAGAAUGAUUGUGAGGGAAGAUGGACUCUAGGGAGAUCUAAGAGGCCACAUCAGAACGUACUCGUGGGGUCAGCAUGCACCACAUGAAGGAAAAGGAUGAGCCAAACACCUCUGACUUCCUGGUGGUGGGUAUGAGGAAAGGGGUAGCUGGGCACCUGUGGAGGAGACACCAUCACAGGCUCUGCUGAGGGCACACUGAAUUGUGUGCCUUGAAAACUGCCAAGAGGUAGGGAAUUGUUGAAACCUAGGCUGGAGAAGGAAGCCGAGAGUUGUCUGUGAAUGGAUUGAACCUGAAAGAUGAGUGCUAUGUGGUAAGGGGCACAGGAUGAACCCUGGAGGUGUCUUAGAACAGGUCAGGAAGAGGAAGCUCCUGCAAACCUGGCACUCAGGAGGCUGAAGCAGGUAGAUGUGAGUUAGAGGCCAGCCUGAGCUACUUACUGAGAACCUGUCUUCAAAUAAUCAAGACUAACUGCAAGACACAGGGGAAGCUCAAGACUGGGUGGAGCAGAGAGCCAGUGCCACUGAGGCCCAGAGAGAGGCCUGCGGGGGAAGCCACUGGGGCCUGCCUCACCAAAAGGACUGGGAUGAGACUGUUGUUGGUUUCAUCCCCAGUCUGAGGAAACUGGCCCGAGUAGCAUCUGUGUUUGGCCAAGCCCAUUCCAGGAAAAUGUAUCUCUAACUGGAAGAUGGGAGUAGGAGGUCAGAGGCUUGUGCAGAUUCCACUGUCUGAGGGAAGGACACUGACCCAUGGCUCAUGUCCAAAUCCUGGGUGGGAAAAACAAGCUACUGAGAAGACGUGGUAGGGACGGGUGGUAGAGCCUUCCUUGGAGUUGACUUCGUUGACACCGCAACAGAGGGAGGCACACGCUGGAGCCUUGGUGAAUGUUUGAUGACCAAAUUGAAACCAGAUAUACACCGCUGAAACCCUAGCACUUUCCAAGUGAGAUGGCACGCAGGCCAUCUUGGCUACAUACAGAGUUCUAGGCCAGCCAGGGUGUAGAGACCCUGUCUUUUUUUUUUUUUUUUUUUUUUUUGGUUCUUUUUUUCGGAGCUGGGGACCGAACCCAGGGCCUUGCGCUUCCUAGGUAAGCGCUCUACCACUGAGCUAAAUCCCCAGCCCCGAGACCCUGUCUUAAAAAGAGAAAUGUGUCAUGAUUGCUUCAGGUUGGGCUCUUUGGGUCUGUUAAAGCAGGUGAGGCCCAGGGCCUGCUUUCUCUGCACUUCUGCUCCCAAACCAUGCCUCUCAGCUUCGAACACAUUAGUUGUAGGAAUCUCACAGCUUUUGCUGCCCAUGGGCCCUUCUUUUUACAAGGAACAUGCACAUGCGCGCGCACACACACACACACACACACACACACACACACACACACACACACACCACAUCUCUGCCCCUUUCACUGAGUGCCUGGAAAGUGGUGCAUCCUGCUGCCUUUGCAAUAUUGGUUGGCUACUGGCAGAAGGUGACUUCUGAGUACCAAACUGAGCUCUGAAAGGGUGUCCCCCAUCUGCACUCAAAUGUUAGGGAUACCUUCUAGGUUAGGAAUCAUGUCAUACUCUUUUACAACAAUCCAGCAGCCACACAGAUGGCUGAGGGUGGGAGAGACACAAGCACAAAGAGAAGUAAGCUUGGGGCUGAGCUGCCAGUGGUUACCUAGCAAGCACGAAGCUCCCUCUGGGUUUGAUUCCUCAUGGUGCAUAAUCUGUUCAUGGAGUCACAAGCACCUGAGAAAUGGAGGUAAGAGACUCGGCAAUAUAAGUUCAUCCUCAGCUGCAUAUUGGUCAGAGGCUGGACUGAGCUGGCUAAAUGAAGCCCUGUCUAAGAAAGUUGGGCGGGGGGACUGGGCUGGUGGGUUACAGCUCAGUGCUACCAUCGUUAAGAGCUCUUACCUAGCAUAUGCAAGGUCCUGGGUUUGGUCCCCAGCACUUGAUCCAGGUACAAAAACACUUCAAAAAAUAAAAACAAAAAGGGAAAGAAAGGAAAGGAAAGGAAAGGAAAGGAAAGGAAAGGAAAGGAAAGGAAGAGAUGGGAGCUAGAGGCAGAAGACAGAAGGGAUGGAAACUGAAGAACAGCCUCAGUGAAAGCCCUCUUUGCCUCAGGGUCCUGAGAGCGGGGCCUGCUCCUCCACAAGGCUUUAUUGCUGGCUCCUAACAGAAGAUGGCUGGGAGUAGCUGGUGAGGAGUUAAAAUUCCCCCAGUCCAGUCUUCAGUGAAGCCAGGUGGUGGUGGUGUGAUUCAGUUAUCAGUAAAUGCUAUAGGUCAGAUCCUAUCCACUUACAGGAGUAUGGGUCAGGGGUCAUUUACAGGAGGAAGAAUGACUCCAAAGCAGCUGCAUCAACACAUGGAUGAUGGCUCACAAAAGCCCGAGGCCUGGAGCUUGCUGCAGGACUUGCAAGAAACUUCACAGAUCAGUGUCUUCCAGGCAGCUCCACCAGUCUAACCUCCUCAACAGUUCAUCCUUCUAACAUUGAGGGCCCCUACAUGUUUGGUCAGUUUCAGGGACUUCCUGAGUGUUCUGGAUUGUGUAUUUCCUGAGUCUUAAUGAGCCUACCUUUAGAACUGGUGACUUAAAGAGUCUUCCCUCAGAAUUUCCUGAAUCUUUAGAACUAUUUACUUAGUUUCAAUGAACUUCCAUCAGGGGCAGUUUAUUAGAACUCCAAGGAAAUGAUUCACAAUACCUUGCUUGGAUAGAGUAGAGACUCAGAAAACAACUGUAGGGGAGCUCCCCUGCCCCCAGCUUGGCUGUGAAGGUGGAGGUGGUUGAGCUUGGCACAGUGACUUCCUUUUAGCAUGUCCUUAAACCUGUGUAUUCACAGCCUGGGCAUAAUCAACAUCACACAGUUCAGUCACUACAGUUAUUAGAAGACUUGAAUUGACUACUAUGGAGACGAACCUCUACCUGGAUGGGAGGAUUUGGAAUGCAGAUUUCUUACCUUUCAAGAAUAUUUUUAAUUGUGUAAAGAAUAGAACAAAGCAUAGCUCAGUGGUAGGGCUCCCUGGGUUGGAUCCCCAGCAUGAAAGAAUAGAGAGCAGAAGACAGGCCUAGGGAUGUAGCUCAGCUGGUGGAGUGCUUGCCUAGAAUGAGGCUCCCCACCACAUAACUGAUGAAGCACCAGGAAGGAGAGACAGAAGGAAGAGGCAGGUGGGUGGGUCUCUGAGUUUGAGACCAGCCUGGUGUGGGUAGCACAUUCCAGGCCAGCCAGGGCUACACAGCAACAUCUUGUCUUGAAAACAGCAGACAAAACCCAGCUGUAAGCUGGGCAUGGUGGUGCAUGCACACCUUUAACUCCAGCACUCAGGAGGCAGUGGUAGGCAGACCUCUGAAUUGAAGGCUAGCCUGGUCUACAGAGUGAGUUCUAGGACAGACAGGGCUACACAAAGAAAUUCUGUUUCAAAAUAUAAAUUUAAAAACAAUUUGACAAAUGCCGUAAUUUAGAACUUGGCACAGACAAACACAGUGAGAUGUUGAAGGCCAUCCCUAGCUACAGAGCAUACGUGACAUAAGACCUUGCUUUUUAAAACGGCAGAUGUAAUGAACCCUCCAUUUCAACAGUGACCAGUCCAGGUCUGGCCUACACUGUCUCUACCACCUGUUUGCCCCAGGCUCUGGGAUAUGUGAGAACAAAUCCCAGACAAAUAAAUUCCUCCGUAAAGCUUUAAUGUGUUUCUCCUAAAUACCUAAAAUUCAUAACUCAAAUGCCAUAUCACGCCUAAGCAUUUAACCAUAAUUCCUUGAUAUCAUCGAAUACCCAUUGCUCCAAUUCCCCAAUUGUUUUAUUUUUCCAGUUGGAUUAAAAUUAGACCCCAAACAAGGUAUUUUAUAUCUUGUAUUCUCCAAAAAAUAUAUCCUAUAACUCGUAUUUGUACUAGUUCUCCCUAUGUCCUUUUCCUCCCACUGCCCCAUCCAUCUUUAAUCCCAUCAUUCUGGAGGCAGAGGGAGGGAGAUCAAGGCCAGCCUGGUCUACAGAGGGAGUUCUAGGAUAGUCAGGGCUGCACAAAGAAAUUCUGUCUUGAAAAUCCAAACUGAACCAAACAAACAAACAAGUAAACAGGCUUCUUCUGUUUUUUAAGAUUUUUAUUAUGUUGCCCUCACUGGCUUGGUACUUGCUAUAUAACCUAGGCUAAUCUUAUCAAACUCACAGGAGUCCUCCUGCCUCAGCCUUCUCAGUGUUGAGAUACAGACAUGUGCUACCCUGUCCAGCAGCUUUAUCAAGAUACACUUUAUUUGUGGAGGGCCAGAGGCACUGGCAGAAGGAGUCAUUGGGCAUGCAGGACAGCAGAGGGCCACAGCUAAAGAGAAGGAUGAAGGGAUACAAGGCUCAGGGGAGAGCGGUCGGAUGAGCGGCCAGAGAGCAGGCUAUGCACAAGCUGUUAAAAGAACAGGAUACAAAGGACCACCCCCUCCCCAACAAACAAACAAACAAGGAGGGAAGGCCAGGGCUGUGGAAGAGCUGGGCCUGGCACUGAGCUCUCCCGAGCACCCCAUCCUCUCAACAGCUGAAGGAACGAACAGGAAAGAGCAGGAAGAUGACCUAAGCCAAAGAGCAGGGGCAAAGCUCAAGUUGGCGAAGAGCCCAGGGAUAGCCAAGGCUUCAGGUGGAGGCAAGGAAGGGUGGGGCCUGAGAUCAGACCUGCAAGAGAAACAGGAUGUGUAUAUUGGGAGGUGGGGAGCAUAGAGCCAAAAAUCUAGAUCCUGGAAGGUCCCCAGUGUCUCCCUGCCUGACUGAGUCCUGUAGUUGGCCUCAUAGCCAGGAUCCAACCAGGUGCCCAGAAACCAGCUCCUUUGCAAUGCUGAAGACAGGAGGCCUCUCACCUUCCCUCUGCCUCCUUUCCCUCCUGCUGGCUCUGCAUAGUGCUGAAAGGAGUUACCCCCCUCCUCAACGCAGGUUUGAGUACAAGCUCAGCUUCAAGGGACCAAGACUGGCAGUUCCUGGAGCUGGAAUUCCCUUCUGGAGCCACCAUGGAGACGCCAUUCCAGGCCUAGAGGAAGUACGGCUGGUUCCAUCUAUGAAGAACCGGAGCGGUGCCGUGUGGAGUGAGAUCUCUGUCUCCUUCCCUUCCUGGGAAGUAGAGAUGCAGAUGAGAGUGACAGGACCGGGACGCCGGGGAGCCCUGGGUGUGGCCAUGUGGUACACCAAGGACAGAGAUCAAGUUGGCUCUGUUGUGGAGGGACUGGCCUCAUGGGAUGGCAUUGGGAUCUACUUUGAUUCCUCCUCCAAUGAUGUCCAGAACGGUCCUGCCAUCCGAGUGCUGGCCAGUGAUGGGCAUGACCUCCAGGAGCAGUUUGGGGAUGGAACUGUCCGGGAGCUUGGCUCCUGUCUUAGGGACUUCAGGAACCGGCCACACCCCUUCCGAGCUCGGAUCACCUACUGGAGGCAGAGGCUGCGUGUGUCCUUGAGUGGAGGCCUUACUCCUAAUGACCCUGAAGAGGUCUGUGUCGAUGUGGAGCCCCUGCUUUUAGCCCCUGGAGGCUUUUUUGGGGUCUCAGCAGCCACCAGUACCUUAGCAGAUGACCAUGACGUCCUGUCCUUCCUGACCUUCAGUUUGAGGGACCCAGGUUCAGAGGAAGCCCUCCAGCCAUUCACAGAGAAGGAGCAGUUCCACCUGGCCAGGAAGCUGGAAGAACUGAAGGCAAGGCUGGCCCUGGGUACCAGAGAGGAUACCAUACUACCACUGAACUCCAAAGCCCAGGAAGAAGGGGAAAGGUUCUUUAACCUGGAGGAUACACUGAGCAGACAAAGCCAGAUCCUGCAGGCCCUCCAGGCUCUCUCCAGGCAGAUGGACCAGGCUGAGAAACAGUGGAAACAGCAGUUGGGGUCUGUGGUCCAAAUCCGGCCUGAGGGAGGCUGGAACACUGCCAAGGUCAGCACCCUGCUCUAUGGACAGCGGACUCUGAUCCAGGCUCUGCAAGAGAUGAGGGAAGCAGCUGCCCAGAUGGCUUCAGGAGCACACGUCUUCUACCUGCCUGUGGGCACUAAACAUCACUUUUUUGAGCUGGACCAGACCCUCGGCCUCCUGCAGAAGGACCUCCGGGAUCUGGUGAAAAUGACAGCCAAGCCUCCCCGCCCAUCUGGCUGGCUCCCAGGAUCCUCCACAUGUCUGCGGACCAGCAUCUUCCUGUUCUUCCUCCUAAUCCAGACUGUAGGCUUCUUCUGCUACAUGAACUUCAGCAGGCAGGAGCUGGACAAGAGGCUUCAGGAGUACCUGUUCACAGAAAGCAUUUCUCUACAGCCUGCAUUGCCCAUCCCUAGGACAAUAGGGGUUCUGAGGAGACAGCCUGUCUCCCCCAGCAUGCAAGCCUGACCCAGCUCAAAGCCAUGAGGAAAAAAAAAUGGGGGAUAGAGGAUUUAGCCUGUGCCUAUAUUUUAGCUUUUGGCAUGCCCAUCAUAUUAAAGGUGAUUUUCCUCUUGU